AGUUCAACCUCUUGCUGCUGCUUCAUUAUACUGUGAUAACAAAGCUGCCAUUCACAUCGCCUCCAAUCCUGUUUUUCACGAACGUGCUAAAUAUAUAGAGAUUGACUGCAUUUUGUUCGUGAUAAAAUACAAGCUGGUUUCAUCCGUACCUUUCAUGUCCCUUCAAAAACUCAACUUGUUGACUGUUUUACAAAACAUCUCGGUUUCCCUCUGUUUUCUGCCCUAUUGUCUAAGCAGGGCAUCAUUGAUAUUCAUGCUCUAGCUUGAGGGGAGUGUAUUAGAGAUUAGAUAAUUUUAAUUUUCCCGCUCAUUUUUUCUCUGUAUAUAUAAAAAGACGUGUAAUUUUUCAUUAGUUGAAUGAAUACAAGAAGAUUUCCCUUCCUUCUUUACGCAGUUGGUAGUUACUAACACAACUUGGAAAUUGUAACGUCUUUGAAAUCCUGAGAUCUUAGCUGCAGAAAUUUGAAAAUCGGGUUUUUUUUAGGCCACAGGCUCACAAUUAUGACGAAUUAUGACAGGGUUGGGCUUAUACUACAUGUUUUUCCUUUGUUUGCCAAUCAAGCCAUAUGGUGCUGUGUAGUGCCAACUAUACUCUUGGAGAAACACUUAUAUUUUCAGUGUACUAACGGUUUCAGCCUGUUCAAUUUUAUUCAAGCAUGAGACUAGGAGAGCCUACAAACUGUUCUGUGAAAUGCCUCAAUGGGCGAAAUAUAUUGAAUAAUAGCAGUGGACUCACACACCUCUGCCUUUGGCAUUUACAUGUAUAUAUACACAGAACCAUAACAAUCUUUCCUUCUAGACUAGUGACACGUGUAUCGAUGUAGUACAUUUCUGUUACAAGAAUAUUCCAUUCUUCUUUUCUGAUGCAUGCAUUUGCUGAGUGCUCCUGAGGCAUUUUCCGUGUGCCAUGUCCUUCAUUGCAGAAUAUUUGGCGCCUCUGCUCUGGUGUUUGUGCUGAGUGCUUCUGAAGCUUUUGCCAUUGGCUUGGUAAACUGGUUAUUUGUAUAUGAGAGUAACAGAUAUGGAUGCGGUAGCCAAAGAGCCCCAAAAUGGACAGCACAGUAGAUUCUCUGAACAAUGCAUAUCAGGAGUUUGUGGUUGCAGCAGCUAAUGUGCUUGAAGCCGAGGAGAUUUCUGGUGCCCAGAAAACAGCAGCCACAGAUGCUGCUCUAGAAAAUUUUAAGCAGAGGUGGGAUUUGUUCAGAGUUGCUUGUGACCAAGCGGACGAGUUCAUGGAGUCUGUGAAGCAAAGGAUUGGAUCAGAGUGCCUUGUGGAUGAAGCAACUGGCUCACUGGCUCGGAAGCCAGGGCAGUCUGCCAAUACUGGUCUCCCACGCAUUAGUGCAGUACAGUUGGAACAGACGAGUAAGAUUGUUCGAUGGCUUGUGAUUGAACUACAACAUGGUUCUGGAACUGGUGCUUCCCAUUCCCACCCUUCAGCUCCUUUUGAUGCUAGGUUUUCUGAAGAUGCAGCUCAAUAGGUAUAUAUUGUAUAUCGUGACAAAUUAAGACAUGUUGUUCUUGUUUGAAAACGAACACAGUUCUUGUUUCAUCAUUGGAGGCAUCUGUGAUAUUGCCAGUGCCAUGAAUAAGAU